AGUCUCGUUCGUUACGUUCGAAGUGGACCUUUUGAGAUUUGAAACCUACACACAAACUCCUCCAUCCUUAACUUCUAACACCCAACUGCUUAUCUCAUUAUUCUAUUUUAUUAUUUUAUAAAUCCUGUAUUUAAUUUUAAUUUGUUUUUAUUUUCUCUGCGGCCUCCGUCAAAUUGUUCAAACAUUCCAAGAUGAAAGUUGGGUUUUCAAAUUGUGCUGCUGUUUUGCUGCUGACAUUUUUGGUGAGCCUACAAGCAGUUUUUGGGAUCAGAUUUGUGAUUGACAGAGAAGAAUGCUUCUCUCAUAAUGUUCAAUAUGAAGGAGAUACUGUCCACAUCUCUUUUGUUGUAAUUAAGGUGGAUGCAUCUUGGCAUUAUACUCAAGACGGUGUUGACCUCGUGGUGAAGGGACCUUCUGGUGAGCAGAUUCACGAUUUUCGUGACAAGACAAGUGAGAAGUUUGAUUUUGUCACUCGUCACAAAGGAGUCCAUCAGUUCUGCUUCACCAACAAGUCGCCUUAUCAUGAAACCAUAGACUUUGAUAUACACGUUAGCCAUUUUACAUACUAUGAUCAACAUGCAAAAGAUGAGCAUUUUAACCCAUUGUUAGAGCAGGUAUCAAAGUUAGAGGAAGCUCUUUACAACAUUCAGUUUGAGCAGCAUUGGCUCGAGGCUCAGACCGAACGCCAGGCAAUAGUAAACGAAGCAAUGAGCCGGAGGGCGAUCCACAAGGCCUUCUUUGAAUCAGCAGCACUUGUUGGUGCCAGCGCUCUCCAAGUUUACCUUCUUCGCCGCCUCUUUGAACGAAAGCUUGGGGUGACCAGAGUCUGAACUUGUCUUAGCCAGAGAUAUUACCAAUAGAAGAGCUUUACACUUAACUGUUAUUCCCCCAUGCUUCUGUUUUUUUAUUUCAAUUUUAUCCCGCAGGAAUAAAUCAUGUAUAGAAACCAUCACUUUGGAAGCUAAGCCAUCUCAUUGUUUCUUGUGGAAUCCCUUCGAGUCUCAAAAUUCUCUUCUUCUUUUUUGGGGGCUGGGGGGAAAUUCUUUGAAUACGAAUAACCUGAAAUUGUGUUCAUUUCUUCAUAGAAAGAAGAAAAAGGAAAUUGUGUUCA